UAGAAGCACGGUGGCUAGGAAAAACUCCAUAGAAAGGCCAAAACCUAGGAAGAAACCUAGAGAGGAACCAGGCUAUGAGGGGUGGCCAGUCCUCUUCUGGCUGUGCCGGGUGGAGAUUAUAACAGAACAUGGCCAAGAUGUUCAAAUGUUCAUAAAUGACCAGCAUGGUCAAAUAAUAAUAAUCACAGAGGGUGCAACAGGCCAGCACCUCAGGAGUAAAUGUCAGUUGGCUUUUCAUAGCCGAUGAUUAAGAGUAUCUCUACUGCUCCUGUUGUCUCUAGAGAGUUGAAAACAGCAGGUGUGGGACAGGUAGCACGUCCGGUGAACAGGUCAGGGUUCCAUAGCCGCAGGCAGAACAGGUGUAAGCAGCCACGUAGGUGACAGAAGCCAGGUGAGAGGAUUCUCAGGUGUCCUGAGUUGGGAAACUGGCCUUUGUUUAUGCAGGAUUUAAAGGAGAAAUCUGGGAUUGGUACAUACAUAUAUAUAUUUUUUACUUUGAUUCUUGAAGAAUAUAACUUAGAAAUAAAUGCCUCUUGAAUAUAGUUAAAUUGUCUGACCCCAUCAGAACUCUAAAUCAGUUAUUGAACCCUCAAUAGGCUGUUCCAUUGACUGUUCUAUCAGUUAUUGAACCCUCAAUAGGCUGUUCCAUUGACUGUUCCAUCAGUUAUUGAACCCUCAAUAGGCUGUUCCAUUGACUGUUCCAUCAGUUAUUGAACCCUCAAUAGGCUGUUCCAUUGGCUGUUCCAUCAGUUAUUGAACCCUCAAUAGGCUGUUCCAUUGACUGUUCUAUCAGUUAUUGAACCCUCAAUAGGCUGUUCCAUUGGCUGUUCCAUCAGUUAUUGAACCCUCAAUAGGCUGUUCCAUUGACUGUUCUAUCAGUUAUUGAACCCUCAAUAGGCUGUUCCAUUGGCUGUUCCAUUAGUUAUUGAACCCUCAAUAGGCUGUUCUAUCAGUUAUUGAACCCUCAAUAGGCUGUUCCAUUGGCUGUUCCAUCAGUUAUUGAACCCUCAAUAGGCUGUUCCAUUGACUGUUCUAUCAGUUAUUGAACCCUCAAUAGGCUGUUCCAUUGGCUGUUCCAUUAGUUAUUGAACCCUCAAUAGGCUGUUCUAUCAGUUAUUGAACCCUCAAUAGGCUGUUCCAUUGACUGUUCCAUCAGUUAUUGAACCCUCAAUAGGCUGUUCCAUUGACUGUUCUAUCAGUUAUUGAACCCUCAAUAGGCUGUUCCAUCAGUUAUUGAACCCUCAAUAGGCUGUUCCAUUGACUGUUCUAUCAGUUAUUGAACCCUCAAUAGGCUGUUCCAUUGGCUGUUCCAUUAGUUAUUGAACCCUCAAUAGGCUGUUCUAUCAGUUAUUGAACCCUCAAUAGGCUGUUCCAUUGACUGUUCCAUCAGUUAUUGAACCCUCAAUAGGCUGUUCCAUUGACUGUUCCAUCAGUUAUUGAACCCUCAAUAGGCUGUUCCAUUGACUGUUCCAUCAGUUAUUGAACCCUCAAUAGGCUGUUCCAUUGACUGUUCCAUCAGUUAUUGAACCCUCAAUAGGCUGUUCCAUUGACUGUUCCAUCAGUUAUUGAACCCUCAAUAGGCUGUUCCAUUGACUGUUCCAUCAGUUAUUGAACCCUCAAUAGGCUGUUCCAUCAGUUAUUGAACCCUCAAUAGGCUGUUCCAUUGACUGUUCCAUCAGUUAUUGAACCCUCAAUAGGCUGUUCCAUUGACUGUUCUAUCAGUUAUUGAACCCUCAAUAGGCUGUUCCAUUGACUGUUCUAUCAGUUAUUGAACCCUCAAUAGGCUGUUCCAUUGACUGUUCUAUCAGUUAUUGAACCCUCAAUAGGCUGUUCCAUUGACUGUUCCAUCAGUUAUUGAACCCUCAAUAGGCUGUUCCAUUGACUGUUCCAUCAGUUAUUGAACCCUCAGUAGGCUGUUCCAUUGACUGUUCCAUCAGUUAUUGAACCCUCAAUAGGCUGUUCCAUUGGCUGUUCCAUCAGUUAUUGAACCCUCAAUGGGCUGACCUGUUUUCCCUGUGAUGCAGUCCCACUCUCACCUGAUGUGUGAUGUGAACGUUGCGGGACGGUUUCCCCAGACGCAGAUUAAGCCAAGUCCUGGAAUUAAAAGCAGGAGAAUCUCCCGUGUCAUAGGUUUUUAUCCUAGCGCUCGGCUUCAUCUGUGGAAACCGGACCUCCAUGUUGGAUAACAGUCUUUUGUAUUGAAACUUCAAAUCAAAUUUUAUUUGUCACAUACGUUCAUGGUUAGCAGAUGUUAAUGCGAGUGUAGCGAAAUGCUUUGUAUAAAAAAAACAUGCAUCUACUAUUAAUGGCCCGGUUGAGACUGAAAGCCGUUUGUUGAAGACGAUUCUUACACCUCUACACCAGCAUUGCUUGCUGUUUGGGGUUUUAGGCUGUGUUUCUGUACAGCACGUUGAGAUGUCAGCUGAUGGAAGAAGGGCUUUAUAAAUACAUUCGAUGUGAUGAUUAUCAGGAUGUAUAGAACAGGUUGUACCAUGACGACGGGUGGAACGGAGUAAAUGGAAUGGAUUCCAACACAUGGAAACCGUAUACAGGUUGUACCAUGACGACGGGUGGAACGGAGUAAAUGGAAUGCAUUCCAACACAUGGAAACCGUAUAAAGGUUGUACCAUGACGACGGGUGGAACAGAGUAAAUGGAAUGGAUUCCAACACAUGGAAACCGUAUACAGGUUGUACCAUGACGACGGGUGGAACGGAGUAAAUGGAAUGGAUUCCAACACAUGGAAACCGUAUACAGGUUGUACCAUGACGACGGGUGGAACGGAGUAAAUGGAAUGGAUUCCAACACAUGGAAACCGUAUACAGGUUGUACCAUGACGACGGGUGGAACGGAGUAAAUGGAAUGGAUUCCAACACAUGGAAACCGUAUACAGGUUGUACCAUGACGACGGGUGGAACGGAGUAAAUGGAAUGGAUUCCAACACAUGGAAACCGUAUACAGGUUGUACCAUGACGACGGGUGGAACAGAGUAAAUGGAAUGGAUUCCAACACAUGGAAACCGUAUACAGGUUGUACCAUGACGACGGGUGGAACAGAGUAAAUGGAAUGGAUUCCAACACAUGGAAACCGUAUACAGGUUGUACCAUGACGACGGGUGGAACGGAGUAAAUGGAAUGGAUUCUAACACAUUGAAACCGUAUACAGGUUGUACCAUGACGACAGGUGGAACGGAGUAAAUGGAAUGGAUUCCAACACAUGGAAACCGUAUACAGGUUGUACCAUGACGACGGGUGGAACGGAUUCUAACACAUGGAAACCGUAUACAGGUUGUACCAUGACGACGGGUGGAACGGAGUAAAUGGAAUGGAUUCCAACACAUGGAAACCGUAUACAGGUUGUACCAUGACGACGGGUGGAACGGAGUAAAUGGAAUGGAUUCCAACACAUGGAAACCGUAUACAGGUUGUACCAUGACGACGGGUGGAACGGAGUAAAUGGAAUGGAUUCCAACACAUGGAAACCGUAUACAGGUUGUACCAUGACGACGGGUGGAACGGAGUAAAUGGAAUGGAUUCCAACACAUGGAAACCGUAUACAGGUUGUACCAUGACGACGGGUGGAACGGAGUAAAUGGAAUGGAUUCCAACACAUGGAAACCGUAUACAGGUUGUACCAUGACGACGGGUGGAACAGAGUAAAUGGAAUGGAUUCCAACACAUGGAAACCGUAUACAGGUUGUACCAUGAUGACGGGUGGAACAGAGUAAAUGGAAUGGAUUCCAACACAUGGAAACCGUAUACAGGUUGUACCAUGACGACGGGUGGAACAGAGUAAAUGGAAUGGAUUCCAACACAUGGAAACCGUAUACAGGUUGUACCAUGACGACGGGUGGAACGGAGUAAAUGGAAUGGAUUCCAACACAUGGAAACCGUGUUUGAUGCCGUUCCACCUGUUCCGCUCCAUCCAUUACCACAAGCCCGUCCUCCCCAAUUAAGGUGCCACCAACCUCCUGUGGUGCCAUGCUUAUGUCAUUCAUGCCCAACUGAUUUAAUAGAACUGAUCAAUAAGCGUGUUGGUGAGUGAUAAGGGCCGGUCAGAAAGAGGAGGCCGUAAAAGGGAUGGUUUAAACAACACUGACAGGUUCAGGGACGCUCUUUAAGGAAUGAUGGAGGAGAUUACAAUGUAACUGAAGAAUCAAACUGCUUAAAAGGUGAGAUCCCUUUUGGCUACUAAACCAGAGCCAUGUCUUACGUAUCCAGCAGGUUAGUGUGAUUAACAGGGUUGGCUGUAGGGAGGAUCUAUGUGACAUUUGGCUUUGACCUUGUAGCCUAACGGGGCAGUUGAAGGGCACUAUGGAACACGCCAGCACUGCAUGAACUUUAAACUUGAGCGUUGACUAAAAGUAGAUGAAUGAAUCUGCUAUGUUCUGAGCAAACUAAAUGGACUACGAAUGAAUAUAUAUAUUUUUUUACUUAUACUGAUUAAGGAGGUAUAUUAAAGACUUAAAAACAAUAUGAAAUAUAACAUGAAUCAAUUUCAAAUUGCUGCAAUAUUGCUUGCUAUAAGUUACAUUGAGACAAGAUGUCCCAUAACAUCUGUUCAGUCAUUUGGUGACCUGUUUUUCUUGAAGCGACUAUUUUUUUAUUAACUCUCUCAGUAGACGACAACGUAUCAAAGUAAAACAAACCUGUUUCAUUGAUGAGGUCAUUCCAUGGCACUUCCUGUAACCCCGUUGAUAAUGGCUGACCUUCGACCUCAGCUCUUCAGGCUGUCUCAGGGAGAUAUACAAACAUUUCCAAAUCACACAAGUACACACUUGUACAAGUGUGAAACAGGACAAAUAGAAGCACCUGCGUACCAUACUGUCGAGAUGAUGACCAGCUCUGUCUUUAAAGGAGAGGACAAGACAUCCCCUACAUGGUUCCAUCCUAGAGCUACAAGACCCUGAGACAUUAGUUUAACAGAACACGUUUCUCUGCCCAGAUUGAGACUAGGGGUAAUGUUCCCCUGCUCAGAUGUUACAUUCAUCAACCAAUGGUUGCCUGCCACACCAUCGACGGUGUUAUAGACUGACAGAUUGCUAUAACAUGAUUUGGUUAGUUGAUACGAUGCCUGGAUAGGUAUUUUAACUAAGAUCUGUCAGGCGUCAGCAACUUUUGACCAGAGAAACUCGCCUUACAUCAUCUCAAAAUGGCUGCUAUCGUGAGACUCCACAGACUAACGAAGGAUCAACUGUCUCUCGCUGCUCAGAAGAACAAUAACAAACCAGGCAGAAAACCAACGAAGAAGAACAACUCCACCACCAGAGGAAGAAAACAAUCCACAGGAAAAGGAAACAACUCUGCUGACAGUGAAAGUGUUUCUAGCCAGGUAUCAUCGGCCCCUAAGUGGUGGGGUCGCCCCAAGGGAAGCAAAAACAAACCCAAGAUAAGUCUACAACUCUCCAGCGCCAUCUUGAGGCCUGACGAGGUAAAACAAGAGGUGAAACAAGAGAUGGACGAGCUGCCUAUCCGGACAAAAAUUGAACACUGGUUGAACGCUGUGAAGCCAGAGAGCUACGACCCAGAGAUGGGUAACGCCAAGGGACCUCCUACAGAGAGCGACCCCAGGACAGAUGCACAUCAGCUGGGUAUCAAGGCAGAGGAUGCCCCCCUGUACUUCCAAGAUGGAAGGAGACGCCUGCGGUCGGCUACCAGCCGGCCGUUCAAUCUGAAUGCAUUCUGGUCCGACCCAGAAUGGCGGCCUCUCAACCAGAAGGUCCGGCGGUUUCCGUGCCCACACACAGUCCCGGCCGUGCUCCUGCGAGGCCAUAAGACGUUCUCCCGGAAAGCCGGCUUGGACGGUCUGGUCGAGCACCUGCCGAUCCACGAUGCGGAACGUCCCUUCGUCUGCUCCCAGUGCUGCAGAACCUUCACGUUCAAAUCCAACCUGACCCGCCACAUGCGUUUCCACAGCGACGCGCGGCCCUACGUCUGCUCCCAGUGCGGCCAAGGCUUCAAGAUCUCCGCCCACCUGCCACAUGACGGCCCACAGAGUUACAUGAGUCUGAAGUAUCACCGGCUGAGCCACACCGGCGAGCGCCCGCUGUCCUGCCCAGAAUGUCCCAUGACCUUUGCCCGGCCGCACACCCUUAUGGUCCACCGGCGACAGCACACUGGGGAGACGCCUUUCUCUUGCCAGGACUGUGGGAAGAGGUUCAAACAGUGGUGCAAGCUAAAAGAGCACGUCAGAAGGAAACACACAGGGGAGAAACCUUACAAAUGCUCCGAUUGCGACAAGUGCUUUGUCACUACGGCAUCCCGUAAUGCACACAUGGUUGUCCACACCGGAGAGAAGCCGUACAAAUGCAUGGAGUGUGGUAUUAGCUAGUCAGAGUAGGAAUCUAAUGCAGCACAUGAGAUACACAGGGGAGAAACCAUACAAAUGCUCUGAGUGCGACAAGUGCUUUGUCAAUUCUAUGUUGCGUAAAGUGCACAUGGUUGUCCAUACAGGGGAGAAGCUGUACAAAUGCACGCAGUGCAGUAAGAGCUACAGUCAAACUGGGUCCCUGAAGAGGCACAGGUGUAAAUUUGAUUUUGAUUUGAUUAUGACUACAUUGAAUUACAGAGCUUUGAUCUAAGUUUUGGUUCGACUCAUUGUUGACUUUUAUUUACUCCCAUUUUAUGUGAGUGUGAAUGAUGGUCAUAUGUCAUUAAGGAGAUACAUAAUUGUCAAAACAUUCUGUAUCAUACAUUGUUGUCCAACACGUUUGUAUACUGAAGUCAAAUUCUGUAACAAAUCAUGAAAUAAAUUGAGAUUUUUUUAA